AUGUCAUUCGGCGAUAUUCGGCUGCGGCUGGUGAUUCGCAGGCAUACUGUACCAGACGUGAAGCUCGUUUGGCCAUGCUCGCCGUCGGAUGACUUGACCAUCGCCAAACUGCUCGGCCAAGUCAACGAAGUCGUGCCCCUCGAAGGUGGCGAAUGGGGCCUUGAGGAUUAUGUGGCCGAGCUGGGCGACGGUAGCAACGGUGCCAGCUUCGAGUGCCUACACUUCCAACUCGUAUCGCGCAUCCUAAAGGAUGAAGACCAAGUUUUAAUUCGACCACUUUUGAGCGACGACCUUAAGAGGCGAAGACGAAGCGGACGGCAUCAAAUUUCCACUGGCGGCAAGCAUCUGGUUGACGGGAUCGCCUUUGGUAGGCCCUGGCUGCAUCUGCCCGCAGAUCGCCCGGCUCUCGAGCUUCCACCGCGCAAACGGGCACGCAUUGCCUAUGACGACGAAGAUGACGAAGACGAGGACGAAGAUGCCGAAUCCGAAUUCGAGGCUGAUUGGGAUUCCAACGACGAGCCGGACGCCGAUGAUGCAGAGCACGCCAGCGGCUCCUCCUUCGAGGAGGAGCAGGGCGGCGAUGAUCUGAUGCAGGAGCUGGAGCUUCUGAAGCAGGAUAGACGCGACAUCUCAGAAGCAUCGAGUGAUAAUGAGGAUGUGGGGUUUGGCUUGCUGCCAACGCUAGACUCGUUGGCGGCCUUGCGCAUGGCGUUUCCCAACAUACCGUCAUUCAUCGUCCAGCAAGAGCUGCGCCGCCACAAUCAAGAUGUACGAGAUACGUAUAAGGCAUUGUCACAGUCGUACGGUCCGACUCUCAGUUUCGACGAAAUGAUGGAUUCUGUCCUGACGGCGUCGCGACCGUCCAAUACACCUGUUGCAGCACGAUUUAAGUCGUUGGGUGAAGAAUCGCCGGCGAAGCCAUCUUCAGGUCGACGCUUGAUUGAGGUUGUGGAGAGCGAAGAAAACGAAGAAGAGGAGACAAAUAACAAGAGUGGCAAGGUCGUUGGUCUGGGUAUUCGUGACAUUGAUGUUGGAUUGGACAGCGGAAGCGAGAGUGAUGACGAUACUAGUGAUUCAGAUUCUCAUUCGGACUCGUCAGGUGGUGCCUCUUAUACGCAAGAUGCCGCUGUGGCCGAAGAGGAUAGUGACGACGAAGAGGAUAGCGACGACGAAACGGGAAGCUCAGGUUCCAACUCUGAUACCGAUUCAAGCUCUGAUUCAGACUCGGGCAACGAAAUUGCCACUGCCAAAUCUCGAAAUGCUACAGGCUCGAGAAACAAACUUGCUACUGCCAAAUCUCGAAAUGUUUUUGAGACUGUUGGUAGCAGCGAAUCUGAAUCUGACUCAUCUGACAGCGAUUCUAAUAACUCGUCAGAUGACUCCGACGCUGGACCAAUGGAGAUCCCUACAUCAAGGGUACAAACAAUCCCUAAAGCCGCAGCACCAUCUACGUCAUCGGUAGUUGUGCCUGCAGUCGACCCCGGAUGCGGUCUAAGCAAAACGCAGAAGCGAAACGCAAGAAGAAAACGCAGCAAGCAAAUGCGCGCUUCAGUCAGCGGUAGCCAGGCUAUUGAGGAUUCUAAGCCUGACGAAACCAUGGCUGAGCUUGAGCUGCUCAAGGCAUCUCUUCUCAGCUCGCUUGACAACGGGACUUGGCCUAAACCGUUGAAAUCAUCGGGCAGCGAGCCGUCUGAUCAAGCGCCGGCGCCUGGGACAAACGGCGUCGAGGAAUCACAAACGAAUGGCGAAUCUGCCGACCCUUCACCAAGAAGACCCAACUUGGACACCGGAGCUAGUCGGAGGCUACUUUUUGGCGCGCUUGGGCUAAAAACGCCCAAGAAUAAAGCGGACGAGGAGAAAAUUAAGCAGGGUUUAAUGAAGGGCGUUAAGCCUCUGACCAACAAACGGCUGGUGGAAGAAGUGGAAGAGCCGGCGCAGUCAAAUACUGUCACAGAAGAUGACAGCUGGCGAGACAAGAUUAACUACCGAGCUGUCGAAUGCGGCCGCGAUGGCAUUGUUCUGAGCGAACCUCCAUUCCCAUUUGUGCAGCGCUGGGAUCCACAACAGCAGUACAACUCGAUGCGAAAGCGCAAACGCCAAUCGCAGCAUUACGACGGCUACGAAGAUGAUUCGCUAGUGUACGACGCACCUGCGGUGACGGCCUCGAAUAAAAAGAAGAAGACACGACAGAGAAAUCUAGAGGCCGAAGACGGGCUGGAACUAACGAACGGCCAUGCCGACGAUGCUGGAGCCGUGGCAGAUUUGCCCCCACUCCCUUCUGAUCUCACAUCGCUGGUGGCCUUGGAACAGGAUGCGGUGACUCCAGGUCAACUAAUCACCUGGAAGCAGCUGUUUAUGUCGAAAGCGACCAACUGGCAGCCUCAACUUGCCUCGUUUACAGGUGUUGUACUGCCGGGCUCUGAUGGAAACAGUCUCAAUGUGGUUUUGGCUAAACGUGACCGGGAGACAAAUGACCACGUAUACGACGAGCACACAGGGCAAAGAGUCUACGAAAAGUUUGAGGCUCCCGCUCUAGAUGAGGAAGAUUCUGAAGCAGACGACGGACAUCGAACUGUCAGAUGGUUUGAGAUGACGGAGCCACGGUUGAUUCCCGGAUCAGCACCUGAAGGAUUUUUUGAGAUGACAAAUGGGGCUGAUGCGACAGAAGAGGUAAGCGCAGGCAAGAAUUUGCAUACUUCGACGGGACAGCCAGAUACGCAGCAAUCGCGUGCCGAAACCCACGCGAGCGCAGAUGGUGCUGAAUCGGCGUCGAUCUACUCGGCGCAGCGCCAGCAUCACUUCGAGCUGCCCCUAGCAGACGACGGAGUAGUGAGUGCAGCGAGCGACAGCCUUGAUACGGGUCGGACGUUUGGUGCGCGGCAGCAAAGCCAUGAUCACGACGCGCCGGAGUCUCCCGGAGAGGGUCGCCAACAACGAGAGGCUGCUGCUGACACCGUGGCAACAGAUUCCCUCUCCGGUCAGCCAAGUUUAGACAACAAAGCCGAGACGACAGCGGACGCUCAGGAUACAGCUCAGCGACAAAAGGCGGCGGCGAAAGAAGGAAACAAGAGCAAGAAGAGAAUGGCAGCGCCCAUCGAGAAUGGUGAUGCUAUCAUGGCUGUGCCGUCGUCACUGGCUUCCGAUGCCCCGGAUGGCGGGGAGAGCGGCGACGUGGACGCGGAUGUUGGCGAGUCGAUGGCAUCGCACGAUGACGGGCUUAUACCAGAGACGCUGAUUGAUGCCGCGGCGGUGCCCUUAACGGUUCGCGAUCGGCUGAGCAGCAGCCCGUUUGACUCACUCGAGGAGCUUUUUGUCUCGGCGUCAUCGUCGCGGCGGUCUUUGGAUGCGACUGCCAGCUCGCUGCCGGUUAUACCGACCAAGUGCGUCAACGACACCGAGUACGAAGAAGCCAUGCGACGGCUCGAUAAUGACGAGCUGGAUAGCGAGUCGCAAACUCUGUUUCCCAACGCGACGCAACCGAAGGUGGUGAAGAUGCAAGCAGCAGGCGGUGCAGCGCCGGCCGUGCGAAGCAGUCCGCGCAGACAGGCCAAGACGAAGAAGAGCGGGUGGGUGCUGCCCGAGGGCAGCCAGGUGAUUACGUUGGGCUCUAGUCCGGUGCAGCGACGGCCAUCACCGGCGGCGGCGAGGCGACGCAGCCCGAGCUUGCAGCUGUAG